AUGCCAGCUGUCGUGCCCCAGCACAAACACCAGCACCAGAGUCAGCAGCACCAGCAAAGCAUGGAUCCUCCCGUGAUGUUCCAUCGCCGUCAGGCGUCCUUGCACAAGAACCGGCACACCCUCCAACGGCACAACCAGCCCAACACAGCACAACAGCAGCCGCAGCACGUCUUCCGCUCCCGCCAACACAUCCCUGCAGCGUCAGACCACUCGGUUGAGCUCGACAAACUGCGGCGGGAGUUGCGUAUCUUGGAGAAGGAUUUGGCCGAGGCGCAGAUGAAGCGAAGCAAGGCCAACCAGCUGACUGAAGUGAGAUUAGAGAAGCGAAACGCAGAGGGCAGUGCGGCCAGGGCACAUGAGGAGAAUGCACGAUUGCGGCUGCAACUGUCGGAGCAGCAGGCACACGCACAGCAGCAGUUGAACGAGCGCGAUGUGUUCAUCGCACAACUGCGGGCACGCAUUACACAGCUGGAACAGGAGGCUGGCGAAGCAAUCGAUUAUCAUGACGGCGGUGGUGGCACUGGUGAGGAAGAGCGUGAGUGUGACGAAGUUGAUGGCUAUGGCGUGCAACAGGAGGAAGAACAAGACGAAGAACAGGGUCAGCAGCUGCCCUCGCGACAACCGCAGCAACAGCAGCAACAUGUGGAGGACGAUGGAGAUGGGAAUGCGGAGAGGAUACCAGAGGGGUCGAAGGAAGCGUGGAGGCUUGCUGUUCUCAAGAUGCGCUCUGUCGUCGUCAUGCUCAGGACGCGGCUGCAGGAUACGCGGGCUGAGCUUGAGAAGCAGCGAGCCAAGUGCGCGCAGUGCGAGCGGCGGCUGGGCGAUGAGCUGUCCGCACACAUGCACGAGAAGGACCAGCUUGUGGCAGCGCUGAACACUGAACGCACUCGCGUGGAGCGACUCUCCUCCAUGCUUCUGGCGUUCAAGGACCAGUCCACGCGGCUGCAGCAGGAGCUGGCGCAGUACCAGGUGGGCGAGAUCCCCGAAGAGACACAACGUCUUCAGAUUGAACUGGAGUCAGCCCGCAAGCAGCUCCAGGCACUGCAAACCCUCUACACACCAAACUUGCAAUUGCUCGGUUUGAGCGGCAUGGGCAUGUCUGCAUCUGCGGAGAAGCUGCCGGUCUCCCCUGCGACGGCGACCAACAUGUCGACGCUGUACAACGGCAACCCGACCAGCGCGCAGCUGGUCCCGGCAUCGUCAACAGUCUCCCUACACACGACGUCUCGUAGUGCACCCGCGGUCACCCCACCCUUGCGGCAGAUGCUUGCCGGCUCAGGGCCAUCUCGCCGCCCACACUCCCUCUACCUGCCGACAACGACGUCAGCGACAGAGGGCAAUGGUGGUGACGGCGGUGGUGGUGGUGGUGGUGAUGUACGCAUGCGGGCUGGUGGCGGCGCUGUUACCCGGAGCAUGGCGCUUGCGCGCGCAAACCAGCGGCUGCGUGAGCAGGUUGCACAUUUGCAGCGCCAGCUCUCCUGCGCAGACCCCAAGUCCCCUUCCACCCCCGUCUAA